AUGUCGGGCAAACACUCUCCCGAGCGUCCCAUCAAUCCGACGGGUGAGGAUGACAAGGACAAGAACAAGAAUGAUGAUGAAAAACUUGAGAAUGAGAAACAAGAUGAGUCAAGUGGCUCAAAAGGCAAGAAAAAGAAAAACAAGAAUGAUGAUGAUAACUCGAAAUCAAGUGAUGACGAGAUGUCAUAUAGAGAAUGGAAGGCAUGGAAAAAGGAGCAAAAGUUGAAGAGCAAAAAGAAGAAGAAAUCUAGCUCCAAGAUCUUGAUUGACUCAUGUGAUGACUCGGACUCCGACCACAAGCAAAGAUCAUUUCGAAACUCUUGCAAGAUUGAGUCAUCAAAAGACAAGAAGAAACUUGAGUAUCACCGUGUGUCUCAUGACUUACAAAUUUCAACUUCCUAG